AUGGAAGAUAAGGAGAAAAUUCUUUCUGACCAGGAUGGUGAUACGAAGCAGUUUGACUUGGGUAUGUUUGACCCGAAGCUUCCCAAACCUACCACAUUUAAGCACAUAUACGGGAAUAUAAAGCACCUGUGUUUAUCGUUAUUUGUCGGUCAACUGCUGGCGGGAUUACUUGGAGCGAGUGCUGUGUGCGCUGCGUUGCUAUCUCGCGAAGGAUUUAAUCUGCCUCUGAUACAAAAUCUUCCUCAUUAUUUGCUUUUGUUCCUUUUAUACGGUGCAGUUCAAUUAGUCUCACGAAACAGACAUCUGAGGGCAAAUGGUACAGAGCUGACGACCGAGGAAGUGUCAGGCUGUCUAACCCGGUUUGGGCCUGCAAUAUGUUACACAAUUGCUGGUUGUAUUGAUUUACACGCUCUUUGGGCCACUCUGGCUGCAUAUGCAUAUACAAACGUGACCAGCAUUCAAUUGCUCGAUUGCCUGGGUAUUCCCACCGCGAUGUUACUCAGCCACUUUUUACUCAGAUAUCGAUACUCAUGGACACACUAUGUGGGUGCAGUAAUCUGUCUUACCGGAGCAAUGCUAAUGAUUGGUGCGGAUGUUUUAACAUCCAAACGUCAGAACAUGGUGAGAACCGGGAUAGUCAAUGCGAGCAUAAAUCCGGACCGGACCGAUGUGAUUAUCGGGGACAUGUUUGCCGUGCUGGGAGCGGUCCUUUACGGAAUAUCCAGUGCGCUUCAAGAAUAUGUGACUAAUCGAUUUGGCCCCUGCAAUUAUCUAACAUGGUUCUCUAUCGCUGCUGCACUUUUCUGUACGUUUUAUGGUUCAAUAUUGGAACAUUCAAAUCUGUCCGAACUGGUAUACACGGGGCACUUGAGAGGGCAACGUAUACCGAUGAUCGCGCUAGCCUACUAUCUGGGCUACUCGAUUUGUAUGUUCACAAUGGACUCGAUUAUGGCUUUCGUGAUUCAGCGAAUCAGUGCUGUGUUUGUCAAUCUGUCUCUACUCACUGCCGAUCUGUGGGCCCUGCUGGCAGGGAUUUGGCUAUUUCAUGUGCAGUUUCACUAUCUCUAUUUUGUAUCUUUCAUCCUCAUCAUGACAGGAGCCACGAUUUUUUCGUUUCGAAAUGCUAAAAAUCAAUCCGGUGAACAAUUGUGA